CUUGACGUAUGUCAGUUUUCUACUUGACAGUUUUUGAAGCAUGUGCGGUUUCGUUUUACAUUCAUAAAAUACUUAUUUGGUAAUAUAAAGCAACUGCAAGAAUAAUAGGAAAAAUAAGUUCAAUAAAAUGGAAGAAUUAAGCAUGAAGAUGCAGUCACAGCUGCAAAGUUUCAAACAAGUUCAAACGGAGCUUCAAAAGGCUAUUUCAACUAGGCAGCAACUAGAUGGUCAACUUAACGAAAACGAUAUUGUUAAACAAGAAUUAGAUCUCAUGCCAGAAGAUGGAAAAGUAUACAAAUCUGUUGGUCCAGUUCUUAUAAAGACAGACCUUUUAGAAGCUAAGCAAAAUGUGGUAAAACGUAUGGACUACAUAUCGAAUGAAAUAAAGAGAUUAGACUCUCAAAUUGAGACAUUGGAAAAGAAGCAAGUUGAACAUAAAACUGUCAUACAAAAACUUCAACAGCAACUAGCUAUGGCAGGGGGAAUGAAGUGAAACAGAAGUUCUGUUUGUGCCAUGAACUAAUUGUCACUGUUUUUAUAAAUCCUUUAAUUUAUAUAAUUCAUUGUGCGAACGGAUAUUUGUGCUUGUAUUCUUUGUUUAACCAAAGAGUAACUAUACCAUUAACCAUAAAUUGCUACAUUUUUCUGUACAAAACAUGUACUAUCUAUAUUCUACAGGUUCAGGUUUAUUAAAAUUCACAAUAUAGAACACUGCUUGAUUCUUGAAAAUGUUACAUGUUAAGCAAAGGGUCUAAGCACUCUACAUACUCUUAUAAGUUAUUAAAUACAGACUGUAAGACAAAUGUAGUUAUAAAAGUUUGUUUUGAUAUUUAACUUUGAAAUAAAUAGAUUUGUGAGAUGA